AUGGCGCUCGAAGACGUGCCCCAGUUCGCGCCCACAACAGCCACCCAAACGGCCCGGCGGCGGCUGGUGGAGGGAGAGCAAAGCAAUGUGCUGGUGCAGCUGCUGCUGGGCGAUGCCAUUGGUGACGCCUUUGGCUUUGGCAUUGAGAUGCAGGAUGCUCACUGGAUCCGUGAGCAUGUGACCAAGUGCACCGCUUGGCCGGAGAAUCCGGCGAUGAAAGAGGAGCACAAGGUGAACAAUAUCAGGGGCAUGUACUCUGACGACUGCGAGAUGACGGUGGGAUUGAUGAAGGCAUUGAUGAAGGCCAAAGACCUUCAAGACCUCAGUGAAAACGACCUGCUGGAGGCCUGGCGAGAGGAGUGGCUCUUGGCCUUGCAACGCCCCAAACCCAGCGACGGUGAGCGCGCAGGACAUGGGAGCAUCAAGGCCUUCUUUCGUGGGGAGACAUCCUUGGAAGAGCAAAAGAAGGGCCAGGCUAUGCGUGAGGACCCGGGAAAUGCCCCGCCCAUGCGAGCCCUGCCCUUGGCGUUCCUACCACUGGAGGAGUGUGAGCGGCUUUGUUCCUUGAACGCCGAUGCCACCCAUCCACAUCCCAAGGCCAGGGCGGCGAGCUACCUGAUCGCGCUGGCUGCCAGAUAUCUCAUCGUUGAGAAGGGCGCCCGCGACGAGAUCUUCGAUUGGUGCCUCGAGCGGUUGAGGGGCUCAUCCCUGAGCCAUGAGGCCACAGAGGAAUAUUUGGAGGCGGUGAAGAGGCUCCCAGACUUCCAUGAAUUUGGGCUUCACCUGCGGAAGAUGCCUGGAAAGGUGCACGAGGUGCUUUGUGGCCCUCAGCCAAACCCACAACUGGCACACUGUCGGGGUGGUGCUCAGGGUCUGGACCCGGUGCACGGCGUGGGUAGCGAUGCGAUGCGCACGGCCGGCGCCGUCCUGUACCUCUUGCGCUUCGCCCGUGGCUGCCGGGACGCACUGCUGGCCUCGGUGCACCUCGGCGGCGACGUGGACUCCGUGGCGGCGCUGACGCUGGCGGUAACCGCGGCGGCCGCGCCAGGGGGGCUCCGCUGUGGGGAGCGGGGAGGGCUUCCGUGGAAGCUCUUGGAGGAGCUGGAAGGCUUGGAAUACCUGGUGGCUCGUGCCCGCGACUUUGCUCAGUGGCUCCGUGCGCGUGGCUGGGAGCCGAGCCCGGGCUCGUCCCGGAAGAGGGCGAUGAGAUGGGCUGGGCCGGCGAAGCGGCCAAGUGCCAAGACUUCCAAGAGGCGGAAGGUCGGUGGGUGA